ACUGUUUCAAUACUCCGAAGCGAGAGACAGUGACGAUUCUCUUUUCAAUUCACAGCUCAAAAUCUCUCUUUUUACCUUCGUUUUCGAUCUUCUCUGUCAUUCUAAUCAGCCAUGGGUUCUGAUGCGGAUAUGGAGGAUUAUGGAUUCGAGUACUCGGAUGAGGAGCCCGAAGAGCAGGAUGUUGAUAUUGAGAACCAAUACUACAACUCCAAAGGCUUGGUUGAAACAGAACCGGAGGCAGCACUUGAGGGUUUUGCUGAAGUAGUUCGUAUGGAACCUGAGAAGGCUGAGUGGGGAUUCAAAGCUUUAAAGCAAACUGUUAAGCUUUACUAUAAGCUUGGGAAGUACAAGGAAAUGAUGGAUGCUUACAGAGAGAUGCUAACCUACAUUAAAUCAGCAGUGACAAGAAAUUAUAGUGAGAAGUGUAUUAACAAUAUCAUGGAUUUCGUCUCUGGAUCAGCUAGUCAGAACUUCAGCCUCCUACAAGAGUUCUACGAGACAACAUUGAAAGCCCUUGAAGAGGCAAAGAAUGAGAGGUUGUGGUUCAAGACAAACCUAAAGCUUUGCAAAAUUUGGUUUGACAUUGGGGAAUAUGGGCGAAUGAGUAAGAUUUUGAAAGAACUCCACAAGUCUUGUCAAAAAGAAGAUGGCACUGAUGAUCAGAAGAAAGGUACGCAGUUGUUGGAGGUGUAUGCAAUUGAGAUCCAAAUGUAUACGGAGACGAAAAAUAACAAAAAACUGAAGGAGCUAUACAACAAAGCACUUUCAGUCAAGUCGGCGAUUCCUCACCCAAGAAUAAUGGGAAUAAUUCGUGAAUGUGGAGGAAAAAUGCAUAUGGCAGAGCGGCAGUGGGCAGAGGCAGCUACAGACUUCUUUGAAGCUUUCAAGAACUAUGAUGAAGCCGGGAAUCAGAGGCGCAUCCAGUGUCUAAAGUACUUGGUUCUGGCAAAUAUGCUGAUGGAGUCUGAGGUAAACCCUUUCGAUGGCCAAGAAGCAAAACCCUACAAAAAUGACCCUGAAAUACUUGCAAUGACAAAUCUUAUAGCAGCAUAUCAACGAAAUGAGAUCUUGGAGUUUGAGAAAAUUCUGAAGGUGCGGCUAUUAGAAUAUUGCUUCUAUAAGUCCUUCAAUUUAUGGGAUAAUGGUGGUGUACCACUUAGGGCUGGCAAAAAUGGCCCAAGGCCGCCCAACCCGCCCAAUAUUUCAUGGCCAGGCAUAUUCUCGUUGGUUCUUAUAAGUAUCCAUCGUCUUGUGCUUUAUCAUGAACUAUUGUUACUAAGCUGUGCGUGUAAUAGAAUUCCUAAUUGGCUGCUAUUACCUAACAUGCAGGAGCUUAAUGUGCCAGAAAAAGACGUUGAGGAGUUGUUGGUAUCACUGAUCUUGGACAACCGUAUCCAUGGGCACAUUGAUCAAGUGAACCGGUUGCUAGAGUGUGGAGACAGAUCGAAAGGAAUGAAAAAAUACGCUGCCAUUGACAAAUGGAACACACAACUAAAGUCACUAUACCAAACCGUUGGCAACAGAGUAUGCUGAGAGUACCCUGACAUGAAAAGAGUAGAGUGAUUAUAUUAUAGACUCUUAAUUGUUUUUUUUUGGGUUAUUUCUGAACUGAACGGGAUUCAUGUUCUGAAAUAUUACAAUGUUUAGCUGCUCUUUUUGACAUGUAGGUUUUAUGUACAAAAUUCGAUAUUUCUUCCCCCUUGUUCGAAGAAAAAUUUUGUUCAUUGGAUUGGUGUAAACAUGGGACGCUGGCCGCUGUUUAAAAACCGAAGAGAAACCAACGGAGUAUUGAGCCGCGCAUGUCAAAGCAGUGAACUAUUAAAUAGCAAGAGCUUUUAUCUGAUUUGUGUUACUUUCUGCUUCUACUCUGUGACGACCAAGCAGCGAUGAAUUGCUGCCAACGCAAACGAAACAAUUUAAUUUUCUACUCCCA